AGCCGGUUUCACCUGUGCCAUCCCUGCUCUCAUCUCCUUCCCUUCCCUUUCCCUCCCUGCAAUCCAUCUUCUAUUUCCCGGCGAGAAGAACUCACAUCACAGAAGCCUUCCCAUUAUUCUCUCUUCCCUUCUCUCUCCGCUCUCUGAGCCUCCAUUGCCCAACGAACGAACGAACCAACAAUGGAGCUCGACAGGACCCAGAUCCAUGGCGGCACUGCGGCCUCAUAGCAACGCCCACGUCCGCCUGUUCAGAUCUCACCUCACCGCCGCCGGAAACGGUAAAGUGCCAGAGACAUGAAGCCCACAAGCAAGCUGUUCACCUUCGUGCUCGUUUCGUGCUGGUACUCGUCGAACAUCGGGGUGCUGCUCCUGAACAAGUACCUCCUCAGCAACUAUGGCUUCAAGUACCCAAUCUUCCUCACAAUGUGCCACAUGUCCGCCUGCUCCCUCCUCUCCUACUUCGCCAUCGCCUGGCUCCGCCUCGUCCCGCUCCAGCACGUCCGCUCCCGCCUUCAGCUCCUCAAGAUCGCCGCCCUCAGCCUCGUCUUCUGCGUCUCCGUCGUCUUCGGCAACAUCUCCCUGCGCUUCCUCCCCGUCUCCUUCAACCAGGCCGUCGGGGCCACCACUCCUUUCUUCACCGCCAUCUUCGCCUACCUCAUUACCUUCAAGAGGGAGGCUUGGCUCACCUACGUCACGCUGAUUCCCGUCGUCACCGGGGUCAUCAUUGCAAGCGGGGGUGAACCAAGUUUCCAUCUCUUUGGCUUCAUAAUGUGCAUUUCGGCUACAGCUGCUAGAGCCCUUAAGUCUGUGCUACAAGGCAUCUUGCUUUCCUCUGAGGGGGAGAAGCUGAACUCGAUGAACCUUCUUCUCUACAUGGCUCCAAUGGCUGUUCUAUUCUUACUACCGGCUACUCUUAUUAUGGAAGAGAAUGUAGUUGGCAUCACUCUUGCUCUUGCGAGAGAAGAUGUAAAGAUCGUGUGGUACCUUCUAUUCAAUUCAUCGCUUGCCUAUUUCGUGAACUUGACUAACUUCUUGGUCACGAAGCACACUAGCGCUUUAACUCUUCAGGUUCUAGGAAACGCUAAGGGGGCUGUGGCAGUGGUAGUCUCGAUCUUGAUCUUUAGGAAUCCUGUCUCCGUGACGGGAAUGCUCGGUUACUCGUUAACUGUAAUAGGAGUAGUCCUUUACAGCGAGGCCAAGAAAAGAAGCAAAUGAUGAAUAUGUUUAUGUUAUACUAGGAAGAUGUCAUGCUCGAUAUGCCCCAUUCCUUUUGUGCCACCAGAUGGGGCCCAUUUUCGUGGAAGCACUCGAGGGAAUUGAAAGAGAUGCACCGUUCAGGCGGUAAAAAUUUUCGUAUGCUGUUCUGAUUUAUUUUAACCCGGAAGCCCAGGAAAAGAGUAACCAUCACAUUGCUGUCACAGAAAUUAGGUCUAGGAAAGAAGGUUGCAAUAAGCUGCAGAUUCAUACUUUUAUCAAUCAAAUUUGAUAUGUUCUAGUUUUUGGCUUUGGAGAUAUGUAAUUUCAUUCUUUUCUCAUUGCAAAGUAACUGAGAAGGUCAGAUAUCAACACUAGACAAUGAAUUUCCAGUGUUAAAUUUUCUUCUUAUGGUUAAUCAAUGGGAAAAUAGCUGUUGAUUUCAGCUUCCUGUCC